UUUGCACUGGUUUUGCAGAAUGGACCUCACGACUGCGAGCAGCUACGGGCGAUGGCGCACUCUUCUCCUUACAGUCUUACUAGUGACUUGCUGCGAAGCACUGCCAACCUUUCUCUCCGCGUCCUACUCGACCACUGUCUCUGAGCUGACGCCCAUUGGCUCCAUUCUCAUCAACAUCACUGCUACCCCAGCCACUCCAGGGAACACACUCUCCUACGUCAUCUUCAACCAUCCUCACAUGAUGCUUGAUAUUGACAGUUCCACAGGUUCAGUCAUUCUAAUAGGUUCCUUAGAUUAUGAACAGGAGACGACAUUUACGUUCAACGUAGAGGUUUGGGAAGGUAUGGCUGUAGCAAUGACUCCAGUGACGGUUAACGUUGCAAACGCUAACGAUGAGGUGCCCCUGUGUUCCCCGACAAUUUACACUCUCACUGUCUCUGAGAGUAGCGAAGUUGGUUUAGCUCUGUUAAGUCUGUCGUGUACCGACAGUGACGGAGAUUCUUCUCUCGGAUAUUCUCUGGAGGGAGACUCUGCAGAAUUCUUCCAACUGGCUCAAAUUGAUUCCCUUACAACUUCUCUAUCACUAGCUGCUCCAGUUGACUCUGAGGCCCUCUUCACUCACAGCGUUCUCGUCAAUGUGUUUGAUGGCGAGCACUCGGUACAGCUCAAAGUGUUUGUGUACGUGGAACCAAUUAAUGAACAUGUCCCGAGGUUUAGUCAGAGCGUCUAUGACUGCACAGUGUCAGAAUCUGCUCCUAUUGGGAGCGUCGUUUGCUCAGUGUUAGCCGAAGACGGGGACAUUGGGCUUGACGGAGAACUAAGCUACAGUAUUACUGGUGGAAAUGAGGGUAAUACGUUUGGAAUCGAUUCCACAGCAGGGGAAAUUGUUCUAGCAGGGUAUAUAGAUUACGAAUCUGUCCAGGGGUACCUCGUUUUUGUCCGGGCCACCGACAGUGGAGUAUCACCAUUUGGUAAUUCAGUCCAAGUCAGAAUUACAGUUUUAGACAGCAACGACAAUGCCCCUAUCAUUAGCCCCUUGAUAACUAGUUCCAUAGCUGAGAACUCCCCACAAGGCUCAGUUGUUAGUGCCCUCGAGUGUUCAGAUGCUGACAGUGGUACCAAUGGAAAUGUUGAACUAGCUAUUGUCUCCCAGGAGAACGCUGAAGGGGCCGAUGUUGCAGUUUUUAGCAUCAAGUCUUCAACCAAUGAGCUCAUAAUUGAUGCUAGCAUUGACUAUGAAGAAAGUCUGUUUCAUAUGGUGUUUCUCACGUGCAAAGAUAAUGGUUCUCCCUCUCUGACCUCCUCCAGUACAGUCAUUGUGAGCGUAUACCCACUCAAUGAGUUUGCCCCUGCACUUACUUCUAAUAAUUACUCUGCCACCAUAUCUGAGAAUUCCUCCGUGGGAACCAGUGUCCUAGAAGUGACUGCAAGUGACGGCGACAGUGGAUCUGAUGGAAAUCUAGUGUUUUCUAUUGAGAGUCAAGAGGGAAGAGAUUUCUUGCAAAUCAGUGAGACGUCAGGUCUCAUCACUACUAGAGAGCUCCUGGACUGCAACUGGGGACAAGAACAUGUUUUUACCAUCUAUGCCGCCGAUAAGGGAACCCCUUCACUUACAACUCAAUCACAGCUCACAGUUACACUCAAUGACUGCCGUCUAGGCCGGCUUACACCUGGAGAGUCUGUCUACUUUGCAAACGUUGCUGAAAAUAGUCCGAUAGACACAGAGGUUGUUACAGUAGCUUGUGAUUUUGACAGAGAAGGUCACAGAGAUCCUGAAUACAGCAUCACUUCUCCUUCAACAUCACCUUUUAUUAUCGAUUCUGUUAGUAGAGUAAUAUCCAUUGUCACACCACCUGACUACGAACAGACAUCCUCACACAUGCUACAGUUAAAGUGUAUGGACCCCAACGAUGUAGAAUCAUACGCCACAUUCUCUGUGUAUGUGACAAUCACUCCUAAGAAUGAACACCCACCAGGGUUUACUUCUGCGACGUACGAGGCCGAAAUGUCAGAAGCUGCACUGCCUGGCUCAAGUGUGGUAAAGAUAGAAGCAGUGGAUGAAGAUUCAGGAUCGGACGGAAGUGUCGUCUACAGCAUCCAAGAAGACUUUGUGCAAGACUUUGUUUUGGACCCUAGAACUGGGACAGUGUAUACUCUUGCUUACCUCGACAGGGAAAAACAGAGUCUGCAUUCGUUUCGUGUUGUGGCAGUGGAUGAGAUGGGACAGGGAGAGAGUAGCAAGUCCGCAGUGGCUGAAAUCAGAGUGUAUGUUAGUGACAGCAACGACAACUCUCCAGAGUGUGACAGAAUUGUGUAUCAUGUCAGGGUCUCACCCCUAAUGGGGGCUGGGGAGAAAAUUCUGAGUCUUGACUGCAAUGAUGCUGACAGUGGUCCCAACUCUGAGCUAGUCUUCUCUCUACAGCAUCAGUCAAGUGAUAAUCUAGACCAGUUUCAUAUCAUUGAGAAUACGGGUGAUUUGGUACUGGCUCGAAAGUUUGGUCCUGAAUCGCCUGUUGUCCACGAGAUGACCGUUACCAUUGAAGACCGUGGAGAACCGUCACGGUCCACUGUGGUACUGGUGGUUGUUGAUUUGGAGAGCUCAAAGGUCAGUGCAGACAGUGGUGGGACUGCUGCUGAGGUUGUCGAAGGCUCCCAGAAUACUGCCACCCUCACCAUGAGAGAUAUGUCACUGGAACUAUGGGAUGGAGGAGGAAGGGAAUCAUUUCAAGAGGUGGUGGCCAGGAGCAUCACCACCCACUGUGCUCUACUACCAGAGUCUUGCUCAUUGCUGUCUGGCUGUGAUCAUUUCUAUAGCAGGAGAAGAAGGGCAACGAAUGAGCAUUUCAUCACUGGUUUUACUGAGGAGAAUGUUGUAAUACUCCCCAAGUCCCUUGAAGAGUUCCCAGGACUAGACGGAAUCACUUACCUCAAUCUUACCCUCUACAUUACUCUACCUGGCGGAGCUAAAAAAUCAGAGUAUCGCACUACUGAUUACGUCGUCCCGGGUACAACCCUGAUAUUACUGCUCAGAGACGAGGGACCGGUGAUUGAGUCUCAAGUGAGGGGCAGAGUCGCUCCAUCAUUGACACAGAAAUCAUCAACAGAUAGAGAUCCUAGCAUAGACUGGAUGUGGGCCGUGAUCGCUUUAUCAGUGGUCGGAACUUGUGUGUGCUUUACCGCGCUUAUUUGCUUCUUCGUACGAAAGUUGAAAUCUACAAAGAAAAGGUCGGCUAUUGCUCCUAUCAAUGUAGUAUCUCUGAAAUCGGCCAAGAAAAGUUGCCCACCAAAGUCUGCAGUUCAGAGCAACAUCAGUGGUACAAGUCCUAGUGGAAAGGCAAAGACAAAACGGCUAUUGCUGCGUGACCUUCUCCAGUCCCCUGUGGUAUCUGAUGAUGAAGGCUUAGGAGGGGGAAGACUGACACCACAGAGUGAACAAGACGACAUUUCAACCAUUCAUCUGGUGGGAGGAGAUGACUCCAACGAGUGCUCAUUACAGGGGCAACCCCGUAGCCAUGGCUCGCCGGCACUCAGCAGUGCAGUGUCGGGAAACAGUAAAAAAUCAGGCAGCAAGUCCAGCUCUGUGGGUGACUAUAAACAGAACUUUCCGUACGAGCCACCUCGAGAGGCACAAGACGACUCACUACGUCACUCCAAAUUAAGACCUGCAAUACCAUCAUUUGGUAGCUACUACUAG